ACAGUUUUUUCCUCCACACGCUGGAGUACGAGUUGGACUGCACGGCAUUUUAGCCGUUACAAGUGGUGUAAAUACAAACACACAUACAUACAUAAGCGGUGCGAAAAUCUUUUAAACGAAUCAAACGAAAAUCUGUUUUUGCGCUGAAGUUGUGAAUUCUGUGUUGUAGGACCCGGGAACCAUGCGGAUCCAGCGGAGUCUAGUGUUUUGUGCCCUCGGUACACUCUCCCUGCUCACACUUGUCGCCGGCAAGGCGCUGAUCGAUCAACAAACUGCCGAAUCGCAAGCGAAUAGUGCCACCGUCGCCCAGCAACGCAUCGGCUGGGAUCACGAUCAACAUGAGGUGCAUGAAGUACACGAUCACCACCAUCAUGAGCAUCAUCACGAUCCGGGUUUCUGGAAGAAGAAAGUCACUUGGAAGGAGGGUUGGAAAAAGAUUUGGAAACCAGCCAAAAAGCAAAUUUGGAAUCCUUCUUGGAAACAAAUCUGGAAACCCAUUUGGGUGCCAGUUAAAGUGCCCGCUUGGAAGGAUAUCAAAGUGCCAGCGUGGAAGCAGGUGUGGAAGCCAGUGUGGAAGGAGAUAAAGGUGCCCGCCUGGAAGGAGAUACAAGUGCCAGAUUGGAAGAAAAUUUGGAAGCCAGUGUGGGUACCAACGAAAGUGCCCGCAUGGAAGGAUAUCCAAGUGCCAGCGUGGAAACAAAUUUGGGUGCCGGUUUGGAAGGAGAUACAAGUGCCCGCAUGGAAAGAGAUACAGGUGCCGGAGUGGAAACAAUAUUGGACACCAGAGUGGAUUAAAGUAGGUAUACCCGGUGAGAAGUAUCUGGGUAAAGAUCCCGAAGGUUGGGAAUACACAAGCCACGAUCUGUGGAAAAAGAAACUAGUAUGGAAAUCACAUUGGAAGAAGAUAUGGAAACCGGCGAAGAAACAAAUUUGGGUACCCAGCAAGAAAUUAGAAUGGAAGGAAGAAUGGAAACAGAUUUGGAAGCCGGCUAAAAAACAAAUCUGGGUAGAUGAUAAGAAAUUGGAAUGGAAGGAAGCGUGGAAACAAAUCUGGAAGCCAGCCAAAAAACUCGUUUGGAUACCAGAUAAAAAACUCGAAUGGAAAGAGUCGUGGGUGCAAAUUUGGAAACCGGCGAAAAAACAAAUUUGGGUCGAAGACAAGAAACUUGAAUGGAAGGAAGCUUGGAAACAAAUUUGGGUGCCUGGUUGGAAGGAAAUUUGGGUGCCGGCUUGGAAGAAAAUCUGGCGGCCUGUAAUCAUUUCUGAAUGGUUCCCCACACCAGAUCAUCACGAUCAUCAUCAUCACGAGCAUGCAGAGCAUGGUUGGGAUCGCAAGGACGUUCAGAAUCAAGGUGGCAGUAAAUUGUUGUGGAAACGCGACGACAAAGCUACACAACUGAAACCAGUCGCCACAGCCGAUUUUCAAACGGCAAAAGCAACUGAGGUGAAAACAUCCGCGGCAGUGGGUACACAACCCGUAGCUCCUGUGGCGUCGCCACCGCAUGGCAUCAAAUUUCCCGGUGCGUAAAUGAACGAAGUAACUGUGCACUUUGUUAAGAUGAGAAAGUUUUUCUUAGGUUUAGUAGUUGAAAAGCCCUCCUUCUUCUACAAACAUUCAAAUUUGUAAUGCAGCAUUUAAAGCAUUUAAAAUCCGAUUCUGAGAAAACUCACAAAAAUAUUAGUUCUUGAUAUGAGAGAAUAUUCUUCGUGGUGUUGAGAUCUAGCAAUUUUGUGAGGUCUUUAGAAUUAGUUGGUAAAUUGAAAGAAAAGGUGUACAAGUACAGUUAAAUUAACAUACAUUCAUUUGCCGUUCAUUUGCGCACAUUAUUUGUUAUUUUUGUAAAUAUGUAUUCCAGUCGUUAGUAUAUAAGGCACAUCACAAAAUGCAUUUUAUUACUAAAAGUUAUUUAAAUUUAUUUUGUUUAAGUUUAAAACUCCCCCCGCCCAUUUUUUCCUGUUCUUCAACUCAAAACAAUCAUUUUCCAUAUUUUCUCUUCCACUUCGAUUAAAUUAUUUUUGUAUACCACAACACAACUAUUAUAACAAGU